CCUCCGUGCAGCUGCCGCCCGGCUCGGCCCGACCCCGUCGCGGACCCUUCCGGACCCCGCCCGGACCUCCGCUGACCCCGCCCGGACGCUCGCCUGGCCCCGGCGCGCAGGAUCGAGCCCGCCGCAUCAUGGCCAGCCCAAGAACCAGGAAAGUUCUUAAAGAAGUCAGAGUGCAAGAUGAAAACAACGUGUGUUUUGAGUGUGGUGCGUUCAACCCUCAGUGGGUGAGUGUGACCUACGGCAUCUGGAUCUGUCUGGAGUGCUCGGGCAGACACCGCGGGCUUGGUGUGCACCUCAGCUUCGUGCGCUCCGUUACUAUGGACAAGUGGAAGGACACUGAGCUUGAGAAGAUGAAAGCUGGUGGGAAUGCUAAAUUCCGAGAGUUCCUGGAGUCUCAGGAGGACUACGACCCCUGCUGGUCCCUGCAGGAGAAGUACAACAGCAGAGCCGCCGCCCUCUUCAGGGAUAAGGUGGCCGCUCUGGCCGAAGGUAGAGAAUGGUCUCUGGAGUCAUCACCUGCCCAGAACUGGACUCCACCCCAGCCCAAGACGCUGCCAUCCACCACCCACCGAGCCUCUGGCCAGCCGCAGAGCUUGACCGCCUCUUCGGACAAGGCUUUUGAAGACUGGCUGAGUGAUGACCUCGGCUCCUAUCAAGGGGCCCCAGAGAAUCGCUACGUGGGGUUUGGGAACACGGUGCCACCUCCGAAGAGAGAAGACGACUUCCUCAACAGCGCCAUGUCGUCCUUGUACUCGGGCUGGAGCAGUUUCACCACCGGAGCGAGCAAGUUUGCCUCAGCAGCUAAGGAGGGCGCCACGAAAUUUGGAUCCCAAGCAAGUCAAAAGGCUUCUGAGCUGGGCCACAGUCUGAACGAGAGUGUCCUCAGACCCGCCCAGGAGAAGGUGAAGGAGGGAAGGCUUUUUGAUGAUGUGUCCAGUGGUGUCUCUCAGUUGGCGUCCAAGGUCCAGGGGGUUGGCAGCAGGGGAUGGCGGGAUGUUACCACUUUUUUUUCUGGGAGAGCAGAGGACCACUCAGACAGACCCCCGGAGGGCCGGAGCUACCAGAACAGCGGUGGGGACAACUGCCAGAACAGCCACAUCCACCAGAGCUUCUGGGAGACCUUCGGGAGUGCUGACCCCUCCAGGGCUCACAGGUCCCCGAGCAACGACAGCUGGACGUGCGCUGACGCCUCGGCCGAGAAGAGGAGCUCGGAUAGCUGGGACAUGUGGGGCUCGGGCUCCACGUCCAACAAGAACAGCAAUAGCAGUGGGGAGGCCUGGGGGGGUGGCGGGGAGAGCAAAGCCAAGACCGCCAAGAAGGUGGCACGGCCGCCAACCACGCUGGUUGAUGAGGGCUGGGACAACCAGGACUGGUAGGCCCCGCGCGCCCCCAGCCCCGGGGCCACUGCCGUGUCUGCACUUUGCCCUCCUCGAGCCUUGUCCUCUUUGAGCCUCCUUCCGUUUGACCCAAGAAACACCAGCCGUGCGUGAAGGCAGCACCUUGGGCAGGACCCUGGGCCGGUGCUGCCUGCCCCAGUGGGGUGCUCAGAUCACAGGGCAGAGGCUGUCUGUGUCCCUGCUCUCCUGGGAUUCUGGGGCAGCCCUGGGGCCGGGCACCACUGAGGGCGGGUCCCUGCUGCUGCAGGAGGCCGGCUGUGCCCCAUCAUCCGUACGUGCUCACUAAUAAAUCCUGCAGCUGCGUGGCACCAGUGA